CGUACAUAGACACCGAGUUUUGGUGCACAUAAAAAAUUUAAAAAAUUUUAAAAUAUAAAAAAAUUUAAAUAAUUUCCAUAAAAAAUACUUCAAAACAAAAAAUAACGUUCGAAAGUUCCACAAAUAUCUCAACAUAUGUAUAUAUUUAUUAUUUGUAAUUAACUACAUGAUUUAAACAAAAAAUAUGAGUCAAUCAAGUUAAACCACUAAAAAUUACGUGAUACUCAGUCAAAAAAAUAAAAACAAAUUCGCUAAAUAAACAAAAACAAAGAACAAUUUUAAACAGUCUACAAACGAGAGCCAACAAAUCAACAACGUCAAAAUGAGUUCCGUACAACAGGAUAUGUUUUUGCUGGACUGUCCAACCUAUGAGGAUUAUUUGGAUACAUUCAUUACACGACAUGAUAUCCACUUUCUACGCAACAUACGCUUUUGUCGUAUGCUCGUAGAACUUGGUUAUCGUUCGGCAUCCGAAAUCUAUACACCCGAACAAUAUGAGAAACGUAAGGCGGCUGUACAAGAAUCGUUAUGGCCGACCAAGAAAUCGGCAAUGUUAUUCAGUGAGAAUAUGAAUUCCAUUGACCCAGUGCUGCUCGAGUUGGCCAGACGUGAACAACCGAAUGCGCAGAAAAUCAUAUCGACCAUCAUAUUUGUGAAACAUCGCCUAAAGUCCGGUUUCGAAGUUUCCGGUUAUAUCGAUUUCGAACACAGUCUGAAGCAGACAAAUUUGAUGGUCGAAGGUUGCACGGAUUGGUUGGGUGUAUUCCAGGAACGCGUACAGCUGCGCCCCAAACCAACAGAUCUCAGUUUUUACGAUUGGCACAAGGGUACGGUGCACUAUAAUAAUUCUGAAAACUAUUUGGUGCUACAUGAUGUCGAGAAUGGUCUGAUAUUUAUGCAUCGCGGUGAUCACAAAAAGAUCUGUGUCGAUAUUUUACGCGAAAUGUAUACAAACAAUUGUACACGCGAAAUGCAUUUCUCGGAAAAGUAUGGACAUGUCAUCUUUUAUGAUCAUGUAAUUCGAAAGAAGAUAUAGUUAUAACUUAUAUUUCUUAUGUGAUGUAUUUUUUGUAUGUUAUUGUAUAAAAUAUUUAUUUUGCUGCGCGUUUACUAUUUUCGCUGUUAAAAAAUGCAAAAGAA